AUGGCUUCUAAUGCACCCUCGUUUCACUCUGAUGCGUCCAUCGAGUUUGACCCUGGCUCGGUGGACGCUAAGCUACCAAGUGAUGAUACUAUCACCCGUCGCUACAAGAUCUCCAAUACAGCAUGGCGGCACCAUUACAACGUAAAACUUGCAGAUGAUCAACAAAUAUACAGGGUGCGCGUGUCCGAGUUUCGACCAAAGAAGCCAGACCUCACCUUCCAUGCUGGGAUGGAUGACUCCGGUCCGAUCGUGGCAGUCGCCAAGUUCCAACAUUUUUCACGAGGUAUUCACAUUGGCCUAGGAGAUCCUCAAGCCCCAAGCGAGAUGGUGUGGGAGGAUCUUACCGGCCAAAGCAAAAGCCACAGCAAAUAUCGCUGGGAAAUGGAGGUCCCCACGAGCACUGGGCCACGGAGGCAGUCUUUCCUGUGGAAGCGGACACAUCAUGUCGGCCUCGAGGGUCACACUUGGACACGGCUCAGCAAUCGCAACUAUAAGUUAGUUGACGAGCAAAGCGGCAACAUUCUGGCGAUGUUCAUGACCAAUGUGGCUUCGUACAAGGAAAGUGGCAUGCUCCAGCUCCACGUGGAUCAUGGGCAACAAUUCGAUCUUAUGGUCCUUGCGACAGUCCUUUCCUUACGAGUGAAAUGCGACGAGCUGCGGCCGGUCUGCUCGAACUGCUCAAAACGCAUGUCGUCUUGCAGGUAUGACUCUGCGACUUCAUUACUCUGGACCAACGAUGAGUUGCGGCCUCGCCCUCGGCCGAACAAGUCAGGCUCUGAAGGGCCGCGGGAGUCCGAAUCCACCUUUUCAACGACCGCCAAUUCGCUCCGCAUUCUGGGGAAAUUGAACGGCGACGACGAGCCGCAAUCAGUCGCGCGUCUCAACCUGAGCAACCUGGAGUUGAUGAUGCACUGGUGCAACUCAACCUACAAAGCACUUUCCCGGCACGGGAUAACAGAUGCUAUCUGGCAGGCCCGUGUUCCUGAGGAGGCUUUAUCCCACCCCUUUCUCAUGCACGGCUUGUUGGCCCUGUCGGCGAUCCACUUAGCGCGGACGAGAGAUGAAGUCAAGCGCGCGGCCUACGUGAGCGUUGCCGUAGCGCAUGAGAACCAGGCUCUGGCCUUCUUCCGCGAGCAGUUGAGCGACAUCAACGCAUCGAAUGCCAAAGCCAUGUUCGCUUUUGCUAGCGUUGUCGUGGUCUACACUUUUGGCUUUCUUCACCCCUCACAUGCCCCCGGAACGGACGAUCCGUGGGCGUGCAUCAAUGGCAUCCUGCAGGUAUUUACAUUGACGCGCGGCGUACAACAGAUUCUGAACGAGGCUACGUCGACGAUACGAGAUAGUGACUGGGGGGCCCUCUUUCAGCUGGAUGACUACGAUGAUGUGCUUCCCGAUGAUGAGCGGUCCGCUUUGGACCGACUGCACGAGGUGAACCACGUCUGCAAAGGCCAGGAUCCGGCUCAUGACUCGACCACCUACGAGCAUGCAAUUGAGAAUCUGGCAGACCUGAUGGCGGCGGCUCAUCAAGGUGUGACCUCUGUAAGGCAGGCCUGCCGGUGGGCGAUUAGGCUCAAGGCCGAAUUCGUACAGCUGCUUCAGGAACAUCAGCCACUGGCGCUUAUCAUUGUGGCCUAUUACUGCGCAAUCCUUCAUCGGCUUCGGGAUAUAUGGUUUGUGGAUGAUUGGGGUAUCAGGGUCCUCAAGGCUAUAUGGCAGGUUUUGGAUGACCAAUGGCGACCGUUGCUCGAUCUACCCAUGGUAGGGACCUUUGGGGAUAAUUCCCACUGA